CUUUAAGUUUUCCGGGUGUUUAUGUGUAGGCACUAGAGUAUUGCCACUCACAAGGUAUCAUGCAUCGAGAUGUGAAGCCCCACAAUGUCAUGAUCGACCAUGAGCAGCGUAAGCUUCGUCUUAUAGAUUGGGGGCUUGCCGAGUUCUAUCAUCCAGGAAAAGAGUACAAUGUUCGGGUUGCUUCUAGAUACUUUAAAGGUCCAGAACUUCUAGUUGACUUGCAAGACUAUGAUUAUUCUUUAGAUUUGUGGAGCCUUGGUUGUAUGUUUGCUGGAAUGAUAUUCCGUAAGGAGCCAUUUUUCUACGGGCAUGAUAAUUAUGAUCAACUGGUCAAAAUAGCCAAGGUACUUGGGACUGAUGAAUUAAAUGCUUAUCUGAACAAAUACCAUCUGGAGUUGGACCCAAACCUGGAGGCCCUUGUUGGGAGACACAGCAGGAAGCCAUGGACGAAGUUCAUUAAUGCUGAUAAUCAACAUUUAGCAGUUCCAGAGGCAAUUGAUUUUCUUGACAAAUUGCUGCGAUAUGACCACCAAGAAAGGCCAACCGCAAAAGAAGCAAUGGCCCAUCCUUAUUUUCUUCCAGUCAGGAGCGCAGAGAGCAGCAGGACUCGUACCCAAUAGCCUGAACUCUACUUCCUGGUUGGAAAUUGGCUUAAUUUCACUUUCUGAUCAGGAAUUGUGUGGUUUUUUUUCUUCUUUUUAUUAGAUGAGCUAUAAUUGUUGUUAUUAUUUUCAGCUUUGGCCAGGAUUGUCUUUGAAUUUGGAAUUUUCAAAAGGAAAGUCUGUGAUGUUCAAUGGUCAAUAAACAUCACCACCUUGUAUUUGGAUUCAUUCUUCUCAAAGAAUUAUAUCACCUUUCCUCUA